AUGAUGCAACGAGCGGUCCAACUGCGGGGUCUCGUCAAGGAGAAGCAGGAGGCUCCAAGGCAGAAAGAAUCUGGGAUUGGCUCAGAAGUUAGUCCUACUCUGCUGGAGUCUUGUGAAAUCUCACCGACACGGACGCCCGCUAAACCUUACCGGUGGAACCUGCGGGUCGCCAUUGCUGGCCUCCGGUUGGUACGUUGCUGGCCCGGUCCGCUCAUGCUGGAGACUCUCGAGGCUGCGAUUGGCUGCGUGUGUCUUUGGGGCAUGUUCUCCACCGGCUCAAGUGCAGAGGAGAAGCGGACUGCGAUUUGGUUGGUUGCCCUACGAGGGUUGACGAUCCCGGAGAAGCGAAGGGGGGGGAAUAAUGAAAGAGAGAUGGAGAGGAGAGGAGAAAGAUGGAGAGGCAUAAAUAACAAGUCCCGUGCCCCGAGUCGGCCUCAGUCCUUCCUCUUUCUACUCCUCUCAACUCUCUACACCUUUUCACCUCCCCACCAAGUAAUGCACUCUCAAUCCUACAACAGCGACACCUAUCCCAAGCGGUCUCUGUCUCAAACAUCAACUACCACCUGUUCCUCUCGCAGCACUCAACGCUCCGACGAGAAGAAACGCGGCCGCGGUCUAUCCAACCCACUGGCCUCCAAACUAUUCCGACCGGGUAGCAAGUCUCCUACUCCCAUCGAUAUUCCCAAAACACACAAACGCCAAUCCUCGGCGAGUGUCUCCCAGUCUCGAGACAUUCCCCGUAGCGCCCCAGGGCACUCAUACUUUGAUCAACACCACCGCUCUCAUAGCCCCGACCUGAUGUCUCCUCAGGCUUCUUCCCCACAGUCUCCCAGGCAGGAGUACACCACUAAGCGGGCACCAACUCCCACCCGCAAGAAUAGCGACGACUAUCGUCGCUAUAGUGGUACCGUCAACCACUACGGUCGGCACUCCAAUGACUGGCUCUUCGGUGGCUUCAGCGUGCGCGAGACCGUUCGCGACGGCUUUGAGAAGCUCCGUCACCACGACAAGGAGAGCUGA